CGCAUGUGAACAUAGUAAUUAUCCCCAUAGCAUUAUUCGGCUCUUCGAUUGGCCCCGUCAUCGGUCCCUUCGCUACUGGACAGUACCACAUGACGACCCAGAAACCUUACCAGUACCAGCAGCUCGAUGCAGAGAAGGAGAUACGUAUCCUUCUUUUGGACCCAGCACCGCACUUCGCCGACCCUCUCGUGGGGCGCCUACUGAGAUGCUCGAUCCGGCAAACGGAUGACGCGCUCCCUCUAUCGUUUGAGGCGGUUUCCUACUGCUGGGGGUCGUUGGGUUGCUCCCUUCUGCUGGAGUGCGACGGCCACGACCUCCCGAUAACGAAAAAUGUCGACUCACUACUCCGCCACUUGCGCAAGGCCUUCAAAUCUCGGCAUCUAUGGAUCGACGCCCUCUGCAUCAAUCAAGGGGAUGUGAAAGAGAAGGAGAAGCAGGUUCGCAACAUGGGCAUCAUUUUCAGCCUUGCCGACAAGGUGCAUGUCUGGUUGGGUGAUGCGAAGGAAGAAGACCAUAUCCCCAUGGUAUUUUCCAUUCUCAAAGAAAUGGUGCUCGCGGCGAGAGACGCCGAUGCCCUGGACACUACGCUGUUAGAAGGACUCAGCACUGCUCCUCUAGACUCGACGGAGGAGAACGGCAUCUUGUACAACAAAACGACCCUUUUUGCGUCCUUCCUAGCACGCCCUUGGUUCCGCCGGCGAUGGGUGAUCCAGGAGGUAGCGCUGAGCCACGUCGUCACGAUCCAUUGCGGGCGCCAUAAACUAUCCUGGAACUGGGUGCGAGAAAGCGUGGACGUACUGCACGCGUUUUUCUCCAAGAGGAACGACAUUCUUCCCCUGGAAGCCGUUCAUGCCCUCGAGAACGCUGUUAGCUUACGGCCCGGAACGCAAAGUGUUCUGGACUUGCUCUUCCAGUGCCAUUCCAGCCAAUGCGUGGACAAUCGUGAUCGGCUCUUCUCGUUGUACAGCAUCGUCUCCCGAGAUUCCCGAGCCCUCUUAGAUCCCUUUCUAUGUUGCCCCGUGGAUUAUUCGAAUGACUGGACCUGGACAUAUACGGUGUUUGCCGCCGCUGUCGUCGAAGUCGGAUCGAUUUAUGACCUUCUCGCUCACGCCAUUGCCUUCGGCAAUCUCGGCCAGCAAGAUCCCGCUUGGCCUUCAUGGGUCCCGGCCUGGAACAAGGAAAGGCUCGCUCGGAAUCGAUUCUCUGCCACUUCGCUCCAAGACCGGCAGAAGUACGCUCCAUGCGUUGUAUCUGUGGGAAGUCGUAUUGGCCUCCGGAUGAAGGGCCUACUUCGUAAAAUCGAAUUCCCGGAAGUGCUAAAUCAAUAUCCCACGUCUGCUAGUCAAGCGCAAGACACUUCUAUUACAUCCCAGCUCACCGUGAUGCUCGCACCAAUCUGUGGAGGCCCGCAACCCGUCAUUACAGAACUUCCCCCAGCCUCCUAUACGUGGCCGGGACUCCUCUCUAACAUGUUGCUGGUGGCGAUACACGACACUCUACUCUUUUACCGCUGCACGAGGAUUGAUUUCGAUCGUAUCUUUGGAAAUACUCGUGCAGUAAUGACCAUUGCGGAUGAGAAGAGCCCGUUUGAACUGCUCCGACUCGCUCUUCUGUACGACCUCGGGUACCACACCACGACCACGUCAAAUCUUGCUUACACGAGAGCCGACCUCCACCACGAGGUAAACAAGGUUCUAGAUGGGUAUCAAAUGUUCUGUAUCAAGGUCGGCGACGCGGUGAUCCCGGGCAUUGCUCCGCCCGAAUUUGAGCCUGGUGACGUUGUCUUCCGGCCGCGAGGGAUGAGUAGCACACCGCAUGGCUUUGGGUUCAUGCUCAGACCGUUCUUAGAAUCUGCACUGGGCGAUGGCCGUUCCACUAACUUGUUUCGUCUUGUGGGAGCGUGCUUCCUGGGCAACGAUUGGAUGAUUCCCCUGCAACAGGAAUAUCCUGAGGCUCCCGACUCGAUGUGGGACGAGAUAUUUCUGGUUUGAGUUCUUGCCCUGGACCAUCCCGUGUAUGCUGGGGCUCGAGCACAUAUAGCUCCUCCGAGCAUGGAGCGCCAAAAUUAGAUAUCACGUUCUCAAUUGCUGGUUAGGGAAACCUCUGAAAUUCAUCGACUGGAUAUCUAUGCAGCCAUCCCGGCAGGCGCCUUAACAGAGCUAAAAUUGCUGUCUACUUCUGUAGCUAUCAUCGUUUGGUCAAAGAUAACGUCGCCCCGUGGACCUCGCAUGAGAUAUGAAAUAGAUACGCCUCCAAACUCUCUUAGUCCCUAUUACACACUUGGCCUACUUUUGAAAGAUCUGGAUGGCUGCUCGAGGGCUCGGCAGGCGGCAGGCGAAGACAGCGCACUUCAUGCUCCUCAAGAGCCAU